AUGGCUUCCACAUUUCAACUGCCCGCUUACUACAGGUCAUCGGCCUUGACGGUAGACACCGCACAUGCCCAGCAAAAGUUUUUCGACGACGAGGACGAAGGUUUGUUGGACGACAGCAUCAUCGACCAGAGCGCAAUAGACUCGGGCCUUGAUAUGUCGCCUGCCUUGGCCGACAGCAGGAGGGAAUCUUUCGCCAUUGGGUCCUCGCUCUUCUCGCCCAAACAGGAAGACUGGCCAUCUGUCGACUUGCAGUCACUACCCACCAACAACCCCUUCAUGAGCCAACAACAACAGAACGCCAACCCUUUCAUGCAGGCUCAACAUCAGUCCUUUAUGCCGCAGCAACAGAAUUGGGUCACCAUGGCUACCAGCACACCUGCGUCUACUGCCACGGCCGCGACCUUCGAAGGCCUCCCGGUUGAGUUCGACUCAAAUCCAGGCUCGGGCUUUCUCCGCAGUCCUAUCCCCUUCAGCAAUCCUACCAACAACGUCGCCAUGUUCUCAUCGGUCAACAACCACAGCUCAAGUCCUACCUCGCCACACAAGGAGCAUUGGUCUGGCAACAUGGGGAUGAAUAAGAAGUCAAGACCCGACAGCCCUGGCAUUCGCUCUCAUAAUGAGCUUCGCAAGGGUGACGGGGUUCGCAAAAAGAAUGCGCGGUUCGACAUCCCUGCUGAGCGCAACCUCGCCAACAUUGACCAGCUCAUCUCACAAUCGACGGACGAGCAAGAAGUCAAGGAGCUGAAGCAACAAAAGCGGUUACUCCGGAACCGACAGGCAGCCCUCGAUUCGAGACAGAGAAAGAAGCAGCACACUGAGCAGCUUGAGGUCGAGAAGAAGCAUUACACUGCCGUCAUUUCGAAUCUCGAGGAGGAACUGGAAGAUCUUCGUAUGACGCUGCAGCAGAUGCACACCGAGCGCUCGCAGAUGAUGGCCAGGAUGCAAGCCCUCGAGUUCGACAACGAAGAGCUUGUCAGGCGGAACAUUCAGGAGACAGGCGAGCUUCGCAGACAAGUCAAGUGCUUGAGGACGCACAUUCAGGACCUUGAGGGUUCCGAGACGUCUCCGUCUUCAGGCAUGUCUAGCAUUGGAGCUGCUACCUCUAGCUUCCCCGGAACGUUCGACGGCGAACUCGACGGCAUCAAUGUGGAAAACAACUGGGAACAGAUGGGAUACAUGGGAGACUUCCAAUCGACAUCGAUGGAUCAAGCUGUGGUGCCAGAGAUGAAGCAAGAGAUGGCAUCUCGCAAGUCCCAGACUUCGCAGCUGGUUGUUUCCAGGAGAUCAGAUUCGACCGAAACUGAGAAGCCGACGACACAGGGCGGCGUGCUGUUUAUGCUGUUCCUCGUCGGCGCUUUGGUCUGCUCAAGCCGCUCCAUGCCCAGCAUUCCACGCGUGUCUGAAGAUGUACGCGCUGCAUCCGAGACCAUCCUGCAAAACGUUAUCAAGGAUGCCGGCAUCGGCGAACCGACAACAUCUUCCUUUGCUAUGCCGCAGCCUUCCGGAUCUCUCUCAUGGCCCGAAUCAUCAGCGCCCGCAGUAUCCGCGACAGGCCUGGAUGGAGUUGUACCGAGCAUGCUUGGAGACCUCUCUGACUUCCUAACGCAGCCUACAGCUGAGCAAACAAAGGAGCAUUUGUUCUCCAUGACUGCGGCGCAAUACGACGGCAUGAUGUCCGACGGCUUCCUCCACGCCUCCGUUCCUGAUGAUAGUGAGAGGUCCACUAGCCAAGGGCGUCGCAACCUCGCCGAGGCUCUGGCUUCUGCUACCCAGACCAACAAGGCCGAGGUUUACACCCGAUCGCUUCUCUGGGAUCAAAUUCCUCGGGAUGUGGUCAAGACAUUUGUGAAGAUGGUGGCUGAGUGCAACCAAAACGCUUGCCAACCUGCUGGCAACGACAAUGACGCACAUGAAUGA